UCACCACCACUCACCCGGUCCACGGUUUAUCACACGCACCCACCGUUGCCGUACACCUGUGACACGAUAAGAGGAUACGAUAUCGCACAUAGAGAGAGAAACACACUGAGAAUUCUAGAGUGAGAAACUCCGUCUCCAGAGAGAGAAACUUCGAGAUCUGAUCGGAACCGAGGUAACGCUAGCUCCCUCGCCAGCCUCGCUUUCUUCUCCUCCGUCGAUUUGUUUCUGUUUUCUGGAGAAAGUUCUAGCUUAAUAUUCCUUAUUAGGUUAUUAUUCUUCUCCGUUUUCGUUCUUUUCCGUAAAACCCUAGGUUUUGGAUUCUAGGGUUUGGUGAAGGUUUCAGUUUCAGGUUGAGGGAAAACGAAUUAGGGUUUUGGAUGAAUGGCUUCGGGGCCAAUAGUUGGAGAUGAUGGAGCGAAAGAGAAGCAGAGGUACACCGAGAGUAAGGUUUACACUAGGAAAGCGUUUAAAGGUCCUAAGAACAAAGGUAACGCCUUCAGCACCGUGAACGCUGUUCCUCCUCCUACAGCCGCAGCUACUACCAACGGCGGCGACAACGGUUCUGCUACCGCUACUGCCGUUGAUUACAACAAGGAUAACAGUACUGUCGAUAAUGGUGAUGUUAGGGCUAAGGAUAAUAGCAACAACGCCUCGGUUCUGCCGGUGCCGGUUCCGGUGCCGGAGGAUGGGAAUUCAGCUCGGCCGCAAGUGAAUUCGAGGUUGGAUGUGAUUUCAGAUGACUCCUCCAGCUUGAACCGUCCUCGGGAUGAGCCUUUGAGUGUUCCAGGCGUGCGAGAGCGGUCGCCGGGGCCAGAGAAUUGUGUUAGGAUCAGUUUGGCUUCGCGGUCUAAGCAAGAGAAGCGGGAGCUGAGGAGGAGGCUUCAGGGUGAGCUUAUUAGGGUUAGGAGUUUGGUGAAUGGGAUUGAGGAGAAGUUGGGGGUGCUUGGUGGGUAUGGUAAUUCAGAUAGGAUGGUGGAUCGUGGGAUUGGAAAUGGGAUUGGAGCUAAGAGGGCUCACUCGGAGGUUGCAUCUGCUGUUGUUACACUGCGAGAACCUACCCGGCCUUUGCAUCAGUUGAGUGUCUCGGUGUUGGAGAAUAGUCAAGGGGUUGGUGAAAUUGUUGAAAAAGAGAAGAGGACGCCCAAGGCAAACCAGUUCUAUCGCAAUUCAGAGUUCUUGCUUGCCAAAGAUAAGUUUCCACCUGCGGAGAGUAACAAAAAGUCUAAAUUGAAUGGCAAGAAGCAUGGCACGGGUGAGAUGGGACUUGGAAUGGGUUCCAAGCUUUUAAAGAGUUGUAGCUCGUUGCUUGAGAAGUUGAUGAAACAUAAGCAUGGUUGGGUGUUUGAUACUCCGGUUGACGUGGAAGGUCUUGGUUUGCAUGAUUACUUUAGUAUCAUCACACAUCCAAUGGACUUGGGUACUGUGAAGUCAAGGCUGAACAAGAAUUGGUACAGAUCACCCAAGGAGUUUGCCGAGGAUGUGAGACUUACAUUUCAUAAUGCCAUGACUUAUAAUCCCAAAGGGCAAGACGUUCAUAUAAUGGCAGAGCAGCUAUCUAACAUAUUUGAAGAAAGAUGGGCUAUAAUAGAAUCAAAUUACAACCGUGAGAUGACAUAUGGCCUGGAUUAUGGAGCUCCUUCACCCGUGUCUAGAAAGGCUCCUCCAUUUCGGCCCCCACCAAUUGAUAUGAGGCGGAUUUUGGAUAGGUCAGAAUCAAUGACACAACCUCCAAAAAUCAUGGGCAUCACUCCUUCGUCUCGAACCCCUGCUCCCAAAAAGCCCAAGGCCAAAGAUCCUCAUAAGAGAGACAUGACAUAUGAGGAAAAGCAGAAACUCAGCACACAUCUUCAGAGUCUACCUUCUGAGAAGCUAGAUGCAAUUGUACAGAUCAUUAAGAAGAGAAAUUCAGCACUUUCCCAACACGAUGAUGAAAUUGAAGUGGACAUUGAUAGUGUGGAUACUGAGACUCUCUGGGAGCUUGAUAGAUUUGUGACCAACUAUAAGAAAAGUUUGAGCAAAAACAAGAGGAAGGCUGAGCUUGCUAUUCAAGCUAGAGAACAAGCUGAGCAGAAUGCCCAGCAGAAGAGUCAGGCACCAGUUGAAGUUGAGAUUCCGACAGAAACACAAGCAGCAGAUGAAAGAAAUGUUCCCCCGUCGUUGCCUGAGCAAGGACAAGUUCCAGUGGAUAAUGGGAGUAAGACCAGUAGUUCAAGCAGCUCCAGCAGUGAUUCAGGCUCUUCAUCAAGUGAUUCUGAUAGUGAUAGUUCCUCAGCCUCUGGGUCUGAUGCAGGGUCACCAAAAACCUGAUUCAUUCUGUCAGAUCUCAGAUAUUUAAAGAUUAGAUAGUGAUAUGCAAUGUUUGGCUAGUUGGUUUUUUUCCCGCAUCCAGAUUUAGCUGUUGGUUUGUAAAGGAAGUAUUCUCAAGGCCACCUAUGAUCCUACUGAUGCAGUAUGGUGGGGUCCUUUUCUCGCAACUGUUGAACUACUGCUAUAAGGCCUUAUUUGUGAUAACAAACUAAUGUAAAAUAUUUGGUAGAAUGUGAUGAUAGGUAGAUAGUUCUCCGUAGCAGUGUACAUUGCUAACUACUGCUACUCUUAUUAAGUUCCAUUGAUGACUUGUUUUGAUUCUGUGCUGGCAGAUUCAAGAUUCUUGCUGUUAUACAAAGAUAAUCUGUAAUUCAAGUUCUUGACGCCAUUAUUGGUUCACAUGAAAUAUCAUUACAUAUGGAAAUGGUAGCAUGAGUUUGGCAUCAGAUUGUUUAGUAAUGAUAUAGGAGCAUUAAGGAGCUAUAGUAUAUUUUCAUCCUCUGGUUGAGUGAUCUGAUCCCGAGCAAUUCAGUUGUGGCUGUGGGUUUGGUUAUACAGCAUUAUCUUCUACUGCUCUCAAAAUUAAAUGGUGGAGGUUGCUACAGAGACUUAGAUUUUGGUUAUCCAUAUAAAUUGAAGUUCUUUUUUUUUUUAAUUGACCCGACCAUGACACGCUUAUUCCUUUGUUUAUAUAUGCGUUCAACUCUUGUUGGACAGGAAACAAGAAGUAUGAACAGAA